GCGUUCCCAGCCCGGCUCUCCCGCCUGCUCUGGUGCUUUUGUGCAACUGGCCAUGGAGCUCAUCAUCACGCCUACCCAGGCGCUGUUGCCCUUGUCCGUCCUCUUCAUUGCCUACCAUGCUAUUCGCGCCCUGUUUUUUGGCCCGCCCGAAUCCAAGCAUUGGCGCGAGCUGCCCACCGUAGGCCUGAGCACAGGAGGGCUCGCCUGGGUCUGGGCGACCUUGAAGUCUGUCCGCAAGACACAGGACUGGGCUUUUGAAGGCUAUCGAAAGUUUGCCAGCAUAAACAGCCCCUUCAUCUUGCCCAGCAUCGACAGAGGUGCCAUGGUCAUUCUUCCGCCUCGUCUCAUCAAAAAGGUCUACUCGCUUCCCGAGACGACUCUCGACAUUCACUCAACCCAGAGCGACACUAUCCAGACCAGAUGGACCGUCUGGGACAGCGAAGUAGCAGACAAUGACUUCCAAAUCAACGUUGUGCGCCACCAGAUUACAAGGAAUCUCGACCAUCUGACGCCGCUAAUGGCCGACGAACUCAACCGAGGCUUUGACCGAUGGUGGGGAGAAAAGGGCGAUACCACGUGGAAAGAGGUCAAAGUCUGGGAUGCCUGCUUGAAACUGAUUGCCGGUGCGAGCAACGGUGCCUUUUGCGGCGCCCCUCUAUGCCGCGAUGAGACUUUUCUGAACGCUCUUCGAGACCACGCCAUGAGCAUCUUUGCGGGUGCUAUGCUGGUCAAUGCAUCACCAAAACCACUAAAACCCGUUACAGGCUUUCUCGUCGCAUCAAACUGCUGGUAUCUGCGCCGCAGGGCCAUGCGAGGCUGUCUGCCAUUUGUCAAGGAGAGAUUGGACGCCACCGCACGAUUCAAGGCUGACCCCAAGUGCGGAUGGACACCACCCAAAGACGGUCUCCAAUGGCUCAUUGACGAAUGCUAUGCUGCAGCUGCAAAGGGAGAUGUGGGCCAACUGGAGCCGAAACGCGUGGCCCAUCGUCUCUUGCUGGUAAACGACAUCUCGCUGCACUCGACCAGCUUUACCGUGCAAAACGUGAUUCUGGACCUCUUCAGCUCGGAUCCAUCUCUGGGAUACGUCGAAAUUCUGCGCGAAGAAGCCAAGACAGUCCUCGCAAGCGCAGGUGGUAUCUGGACACGUGACGCGGUGCACAAGCUAAAACUCAUCGACUCGAUGAUCCGCGAGUCGAUGCGCCUGAACCCAUUUGCCAUUUGCGGGCUCCCCAGAACCGUCGUACAUGCAGAAGGCAUAAACCUUCCCAACUCCAACAUCCACCUCCCCCAAGGCACUAUGCUUGCCGUGCCCAUCGAGCCCAUCCACUACGACGACCAAAUCUACCCUCAAGCCCGCGUCUUUAAGCCUUUCCGCUUUGCCGACCCCACAACCGUCGGCAACAUUGUCGACAGCUUCACCGCCAAAGAAGACCUCGAAGCCGAAAAAGCAGACCCAGCCGUCCCAAAGGCAAAGUCAACAGCCACUCUCGACGACGCCUUCCUCGGCUUUGGCUUUGGACGCUACGCUUGUCCUGGACGUUUCUUUGCCCUCAACGAAAUGAAGGUUUUUAUCGCUCACCUGCUGCUGAAUUACGACGUCGAGUUUAUGGCUGUUCGCCCCAAACCGCUGGAUACGGUGUGGCUGAAGCUGCCGCUGCACGGAGGUAAGAUCCGCGUGCGGAGAAGGGAGUAGCGUAGUUUAUGAAUCAAUCUAAGAAAUUAAUCGUGC